GCAUGCACUGGCAGCUGGGCGAGCAAGAAAUGAGCGCGCCAACGCCGCCGUCUUCCCGCUCCAUCCUUCUGCUACUGGUAUACCUUCACCUCCUAGCGGCCGUCCCGCAACGCCGCAAACACAAAGCCCAGCACCCUGGCAACAUCAUCAGCCGCAACCGCAUCCGCCUCAUCACCAGCACUCCGAUACCGGGCCCGCGCCCCGCUCACGCCGUAACAGCUCUUUCAGUCGCUCUAACGGCUCAAGAUCACGAUCCAGCCUGCCACCACAACUAGGUCCGCAACUACCAACCCUGCAGCCAGUGUGGCAGCUGGUGAAAAGUG